CUCAGCCCGCCCGGCACUCCUGGGAAAGCCUGACUCACGCGAGCCCGUUUGCCGGCUCAGGGCGCUAAUUACGGGCUGUGCCCAUCUCGGCAGCGUGGGAACGGGAGCCAUUAAGCCCCUAAAAGCUCCCGAUCAUUCCCAAUCCAUUAAUGUUUCUAAUUAGUUAAGCCCGGCGCCUCUUUCUGUCGCUCGCGUUCCCCGAGCGUGCGGCCGCCGCUCCAUUAUGUAACGCUGCUGUAAUCCCGCUCACACCGGGCUCUUUCCCGCUGGAAUUUCAUUUCAUUUCAUUUACUCGCGUGUGCCUCUUCCCCGGAGCCCAUCGGGCAAUGGGCGAGACGGGCGAGCCCAGGUUGUGCCGGCAGCGCUGCUGAGCGGCCCGAGCGGCUCCGGGGGCUCCGGGGGCUCCGGGGGCUGCGCCGGGCGGCGCCGGGGCCGCUCGGGGCCGUUGGGGCGGUUGCCGGGGGUUAAAGAGCCGUUGGCAGCCUCGGAGCAGCUGCUGCCCCUCGCCUGGGCUCUGGCUCUCGUUCCCAGUCCCCGUGUCCCUUCCUUCCAAGGAAACCAUCUCCACGGCAACCUCAAACCUCCGGGCUCUGCCUCGGAGCUCUCAGCCGUCCCCAGGACCCCGGGCAGGAUGAAGCUGCUGGGGGCCGUGCUGGUGGCGCUCACCCUGCUCCUCCCGGGCGCCCGGGGCAGCGAGGCCUCCCGGACCUGCAUCUUCCAGACCCUCAGCGAGUCCGACCACGAGUUCUGCAGGGGGGAUCUGGAAGUCAUCUACCCCGAGGUGGGCGACGUGAGCUGCUCCUACAUCCCCAAGUGCCACGGCUACCGCCAGAAGCUCAGCCGGGACUGGGCCAAGCCGCGCGUCCGCUACCCCUGGGCCAAGAAGAACAAGAAAUAUGUCCUGGUGAUGGUGGACCCCGACUGUCCCAACAGGGAAAACCCCCGGCACCGCUUCUGGAGGCACUGGCUGGUCACCGACAUCCUGGUGAGUGCACGGGGAUCACUGCCAAGCAUCCGGGGAGGGCUGGAAUCCCAUGGGAUGCAAACUCCUCCUGAGAUCAUUCCCGAGCAUCCGGGGAGGGCUGGAAUCCCAUGGGAUGCAAACUCCUCCUGAGAUCAUUCCCGAGCA